AUGGAUGAGCUGCUGGAGCGAGUCGGGGACUUUGGGCCUUACCAGAAGAAGAUCUGCCUGCUGGGCUGCCUCCCGCUCUGCCUCUUUGCCUUUGUGCUGGUGGGCUUCGUCUUUAUCGGGAGGACCCCGGGGCACUGGUGUCGGGACCCUGCGGCGGAGCAGGAAACGAAGGUGUGCGGCUGGACGGACAAGGAUCUGAGGGAACUCACGUCUCCCCGGUUGGCCACGGGCUCUUUCAGCAGAUGCGAGAGGUUCAGCGUAGACUGGAACAGCACCAGGGUGGACUGCAACCACUCCAGAGGUGGGCAGUCCCCCUUCAACAGCACACCACUGGUACCAUGUGACAGCGGUUGGCACUUUGAAGGACCUCACACUACUAUUGUCACUGAGUUUUCACUGGUCUGCAAAAACUCCUGGAUGGCAGACCUGAACCAGGCCUUCCUGACUGGAGGCUUCUUUAUAGGAGCGCUGGUCACAGGCUAUUUAGCUGAUAGGUUUGGUAGAAAGCUAUGCUUCAUUAGCUGCAUGGCUGGCCUGGGAGUCUCUGGAGUGUGCAUCAUCUUUUCACCAAACUACCCCUUGCUUCUGGCUUUUCGUUUUCUGCAAGGAUUCUUUGGGAAGGGGGCAUGGACAGCUACAUAUGUCCUUGUGAUUGAAUUCUUUGGGUCAAACAACAGAAAAUUUGUUUCUGUGAUGUCCCGUUCCAUCUAUUCCACUGGCAUCGCCAUCCUUCCGGGCCUGGCCUACUUCAUCCACUCCUGGAGGAUCCUACAGCUGGCCAUGACCCUUCCAACCUUUUUCUUCAUUGCCUACUUUUGGAUUGUUCCAGAAUCUCCGCGCUGGCUGCUCUCCCGACGGAGAACCACAGAGGCCAUGGCAGUUGUACAGGACAUCGCCAAAUGCAACAAGAGACCAUUCCCAGAAAACUACAGUGAAACAAAUCUGCUGGAAGAGAAGCAGGAGGAAGUCAACAAUCCAUCUUUUCUGGAUUUAUUCAGAACCCCAAACAUUAGAAAAUACACUCUAAUUUUAAUAUAUGCUUGGUUCACAAGUACAGUGGUCUUCCAAGGCCUGGUGCUUCGUCUUGGAAUAACUGGAGACAAUGUCUUCCUGGACUUUUUUAUCUCUGCUCUUGUGGAGCUACCAACUGGACUCAUAUUUUACCUGGCAGUGGACAGAGUUGGCCGACGUCCACUGAUUGCCGGCAUGAACCUCAUUGCAGGAAUUGCAUGCCUGGCUGUCCCUUUUAUACCACCUGAAGUCAUCUGGCUCAAGAAAACUGUUGCAAUAAUUGGGAGGCUUGCCGUGGCAAUUGGAUUUGAGACGGUUAACUUUGCCAACACAGAACUCUACCCAACUCCCCUGAGGAACCUGGGGGUAUCAGUGUGCUCUUCAUCCAGCGACAUUGGAGGAAUCGUUGCCCCCUUCCUGCUCUUCCGACUGGCCAGUAUAUGGAUUGACCUACCUGUUUUGCUGUAUGGGGUCAUGUCUGUCAUAUACAGUGGACUUGUCAUGCUUUUGCCGGAAAUGAAAGGGGUCGAUCUACCAGAGACCAUCGAGGAUUUGGAGAAGUUGGGACGGAGAAAAAAAGACUCCAAGCAAGCCAAUGUCUUCAUCUGA